ACCACAACAUUUUUUUGGUGACACCCGCAGGUGUUAAAUACACACUGCACAUGCAGCUGCCUCACAGAUCGCUGACCGACGUCCCGACACCGAGGCACGAUGAAUUCUCUCAGCCACGCGCUGCUGCUCCUCAUCGCUCUGCACGGCUACUGUCUGGCUUCAGCACAGGAGGAGCUUCUGUUUGAUGUGAGAGCUGCAGCUGAGCAAACCUCACCUGGUGAUCAAACCUCACCUGGUGAUCAAACCUCACCUGGUGAUCGAACCUCACCUGGUGAUCAAACCUCACCUGGUGCCAAUCAUACUGGGGACAUCUGCAGGGACUGCACCCAGAUACUGGAACUCCUGGUCAAUCUGAUGGGAGACCCUGACAUGAUGAGAAAAAUGCUCCAGGACGCUGACUUCCUGUGUGACCAACUGCCUGAGAAGGUCGUCUUAUUCUGCAAACAAGGAGCGAACACCCUGCUCCCAGUGUCCAUCCACGUCUUUACUAAUCUUCUGAACCCAGAGAAGGCCUGUGAGAUCCUGGGAGUCUGCAGCUCCUCUGAAGAACAGGACCAGAUCAUGGGCUUCUUAGUGGAGGUGGCGCGUCAGGCUGCCGAGAGGAGCAGAGACGGACACCUCACCACAAAGUGUAGCAUCUGCCGUUUCAUCGUCCAGAAGAUCAACAUGCUGCUGCCCAAGGACAAGGUGGAGGACGCAGUGAUCUGUCUGUUGAAGAAACUCUGUUGUUUCCUGCCCCCCGUCUUCCAACACACGUGUAUUACCUUCACAGACACGAUCACGAGGUCUGUGGUGGACGCCGUCCUGAGCAACUUUAAUCCUAAAACCAUCUGUGAAUUAAUUCGUAUGUGCAUGAAAUCGGACGUUGUUCCAGCAGUGCCCAACGCCUGCACUUUGGCAACGUACAGAUGCAGAGACACCAGGACUGCCCUCAAGUGUGGAACUUACUUCUACUGUCAGAGAUUUGUCUGGAAGCCGACCGUCUACGACAUGAUCUAACAGGGUUGACCAGCGAGACACUCCCAGGAUGAACCGGAUCAAAUGGCUUCUAUUCACAAGGCUGAUUUACUGAGAUCAUUAUGA